UCCUAUACCAUUGCUAUCCUAUGAACCAAAGGAGACCUUCAUGUUUUAUCAAGAAUACUUUUUGUAGUAGUCAGGAAAAUAGUUAUAAUAAAACUUCAAGAACAAAUAAUCAAUUUCCUCCGCGAACUCAUCGCAUCCUAAGCGACCAAACACACCCCCGACCACGUGACGGAGAAGCCGAGGAUAAUGACGUCGUCGUCGGCGGCGAGGAACCAGCACCUGGAUGAGCUCCGCGCGCUCAUGGCGUCGCACUCGCCGCCGAUCCACGCGCUCCUCAUCCCCUCCGAGGAUGCCCACCAGAGCGAGUACGUGUCGGAGCGGGACAAGCGGCGGCAAUUCAUCUCCGGGUUCACUGGGAGCGCUGGGUUGGCCCUUAUCACUACAAAGGAGGCGUUAUUAUGGACGGAUGGACGAUACUUCUUGCAGGCCACGAAUCAACUUAGCGAUCGGUGGAGACUCAUGCGCAUGGGAGAAGACCCACCAGUCGAAGUCUGGAUAGCUGAUAAUCUCUCGGCUGAAGCGGUUAUUGGAAUUGAUUCAUGGUGCAUCUCUGUGGAUUCUGCUCAGAGAUAUGAGCAAGCAUUUUUAAAGAAUAAUCAGACGUUGUUUCAGCUUUCCUCUGACCUCGUCGAUGAAGUUUGGAAAGAUCGUCCUCCGAAUGAUGCUACACCUGUAAUUGUGCACCCUGUAGAAUUUGCUGGGCGUAGUGUAGCACAAAAGAUGAAGGAGUUAAGAGAAAAGUUACAACAUGAAAAGGCUAGUGGCAUUAUAAUUACUGCCCUUGAUGAGGUUGCUUGGUUGUACAAUGUUCGGGGAAAUGAUGUGCAUUACAGCCCAGUGGUUCAUUCUUAUGCUAUUGUAACCCUGCAUGGUGCCUUCUUUUAUGUGGAUAAGAGAAAAGUAACAACUGAGGUUAAGAAUUACAUGUCUGAAAGUGGUAUUGAUAUCAGAGAGUAUGAUAUGGUUCAGCUGGAUGUGAGCUUGCUUGCAUCUGGACAGCUGAAAGGCUCUGCAGUUAAUGGUAGCUUGCACAUGGAAAAGGAUAUCAACGUGGCGGAACAGUCCAAAAUCUGGAUUGAUUCAAAUUCGUGUUGCCUUGCACUCUACUCAAAGCUUAGACCAGAUCAAGCUUUGAUGCUGCAAUCGCCCAUUACUCUACCAAAGGCUGUCAAGAAUCCCAUGGAGCUGACUGGUUUGAGGAAGGCACACAUUCGAGAUGGCGCAGCUGUUGUGCAAUACCUGGCUUGGCUGGAUAAUCAGAUGCAAGAGAACUAUGGGGCCUCUGGUUACUUCAGUGAGGCCAAUGGAUCACAGAAAAAAGAGCAUUUGGAAAUAAAACUUACUGAGGUUUCUGUCAGUGAUAAACUCGAAGCCUUCCGUGCGGAGAAAGAGCAUUUUAAAGGUUUAAGUUUUCCUACGAUAUCAUCUGUGGGGCCAAAUGCAGCAAUAAUUCACUAUUCUCCUGAGGCAAAUACAUGUGCGGAACUUGAUGCUGAUAAAAUAUAUCUCUGUGACUCUGGGGCACAGUACCUGGAUGGCACUACAGACAUUACAAGAACUGUACAUUUUGGUAAACCCUCAGAGCAUCAGAAAUCGUGCUACACAGCUGUCUUGAAAGGCCACAUUGCCCUAGAUGCUGCUGUGUUUCCUAAUGGGACCACAGGUCAUGCUCUUGACAUACUGGCAAGAACCCCACUGUGGAAAAGUGGUCUUGACUAUCGGCAUGGCACAGGCCAUGGAAUCGGAUCUUAUUUGAAUGUCCAUGAAGGCCCUCAUCUAAUUAGCUUCAGACCUUCUGCUCGCAAUGUACCACUGCAAGCAUCAAUGACUGUAACAGAUGAGCCUGGUUACUACGAAGAUGGAAACUUUGGUAUAAGGUUGGAGAAUGUUCUUAUAGUCAAAGAGGCUGAUACUAAAUUUAAUUUUGGGGAGAAGGGUUAUUUGUCAUUUGAACAUAUAACAUGGGCUCCAUACCAGACUAAACUUAUAAAUACUGCCUUGUUGACCCCUGCGGAGAUCGAAUGGGUAAACUUGUACCACUCCGACUGCCAGAAAAUCUUGGAGUCUUACCUAAAUGUUCAGGAGAAGGAAUGGCUGAGGAAGGCCACCGAACCUAUAACUGCGAGCAGUUAAGCCAGCCACUUCAUGGUUACUGCUGUUGUGAGCCAAACGUAGAUAGAUGGCUGCCCGAAUAUUUAAUCAACUUUAAUAAGUGUGAAUUGCGCCAAGUGAGCACCCGUAUUCUUUAUGUAUUUCGUGCCGCCUAGCGUGAGGCCGGAAAUAAGAAUACAGAUACUGAAUGAAUACUGAAUUGUUACUUCGCUUGAA